AUGCUCAUGGCGCAGGGGAAGUUGCCCGAGUGUCUACCGUGCGACCGCUCUGUGUGGGCUGAUGGGUGCUCCAAGCUGAGCUGCGUGGACGUUGACAACCUGAUGAAUACUCUACAGGUGGAAGUGAACGCAAAAUUGGACUUGGUUGAGCUAUGCAACGUGAUGGGGGCGCUUAACAUCGACGACGAAGCCGACGAUGGAUUUACUGUGGACGUGAUGGAAAUUUUGCAGCUGUAA